CUAAGCUCAAAUAGUUUAGUUAACAAGUCUUUGAGAAAAAGACACACCAACCAAAAAAAUUGUCACUAUACUCAAAAUCAAACAACAAAGCUUUCUAAUUAAACAAAACGUAGACACUUCAUCUUCCUCUCUCUCCUGCGCUUUUCUUUACUCAGGUUUUCUCCGCUCUCUUCUUCAUACUCAGAAUUGAUUCCUUAUCUCUUUUGGUUUCAAUUCUUCUUACAGAUCGAUCCAUAACCUUUUAGAUUCCAUAGCUUUUAAUUGAUUUCCCUCAUACAAAACAGAUCAAUUUCAUCGUCGACCAUCACUUUUAAAUUUUCAAUUUUUUAAUACUGCUAUUGCUAAUUUGUGCAAUUUGGUAUUUGAUUUGUUCACAUUACUUGCUGAUUUGGAUUUUUUUCAUCUGCGGUUUUCUCUUCCAAGCAACAAUGGUGUCGGCGAACAGAGAAAUGGCUGUUUACUGUUUCGACACUUUGGUCUCUCACUACAACAAUGAAGAGACUCCACCACCUGCCUUUGAAGAGGCCAAUCAUCCAUUGUUUGUUACCUGGAAGAAAAUAGUGAAUGGUGGAGAGCCUCGGUUGCGUGGAUGUAUUGGUACACUGGAAGCACGCCGCUUGAUCAGUGGCUUCAAGGAUUAUGCCUUGACAAGUGCCUUGAGGGAUCGCAGGUUCCCACCUAUACAGGCCAAAGAAUUGCCAUCUCUGCAGUGUACGGUGUCUGUCUUGACUGAUUAUGAAGAUGCAGAAGAUUACCUUGAUUGGGAGGUUGGUAAGCAUGGUAUAAUCAUUGAGUUUACUGAACCUGAGACUAAUACAAAGCGAAGCGCCACAUAUUUGCCUGAGGUGCCAGCUCAUGAAGGCUGGACAAAGAUAGAGGCAAUCGAUUCGCUGGUGCGUAAAGCAGGAUACAAUGGUGUAAUAACAGAAGCAGUGCGUAGGCGAAUCAAUCUAACGCGUUACCAGAGUACAUUAUUCAGCAUGCAUUAUAGCGAAUACCUUUCAUAUGUGAAGGCGACCAGGGGCGUUGUUGGCCCGGUUAUUAAUGGGAUCAACAAGCACGCCUUUGCCUGAUUUGCACCUGCAAAUGGAUGCCAUUGAUUAUGUUUGGCUACCUCCUAAUUUAUCCUCUGUCUUGUUGUCUGGCUCUCAUAAAAGAAACGAGACUUCGAACUUGGCUGUUUCACUAUUGUAACAUUAAUUAAAUCACUUUCAUCCCUUCUCUCUUUGUUCCUCACUUCCUCUUAAUUAGACUCGAUGUUAAAAUCGUAUCAGGUAAACUUGAACUUAGUGUUGACAAUGUCCAAAUUGACCAACCGUUUAUCAACCUCA